AUGUCUUUCUUCAGGUUUCAGUCAUCUAGCGACAAUGGUCACGAUCCAGUCACCGGAGACAUCGCGAAGUCUAAAAAAGUACCAAACGAUGAUGACCCUCCUAUGAGCAGCAGUGACGACGACGACGACGACAACCCGUUAUCCCAUAGGGGAGAUAUUCACUCAGACUUCAUGCGAGGGCAACAGACAAAGAAGACUGCUUCGUCAGCUCCGAAUGGUGAUAAGAUUACCACAUCUGAGGACGAGGCUGUAUCUCGUACGGAAGGAGAUGGAUCUGGCAAUGGCGAAAGGAACACGCGUGCGUCGGCUAGUAGUAAGCGAGCAUACGAUGAUCUGAUCGAGGAUGACAUCGAGGGCCAUCAACCUCAGAAGAAACCAAAGACACAGACACAUAAGAGUAAGGAUUUGGGGAGCCACUUGAACACCGAUAUGGACGCCAUGAUGGAGAAGCAAUGGGGGACUCUUAAUCGAACGGCAGGAUACCGGGUCAAGUCAGCAUAUAAAAGCAAGGCCAAAGCAUCAGCGACGAAAACCGAUCCCAUGGUUCCGAAUAAGAAUCAUAUAGCAGCUCAAAAGCAACGAACUCCCACCUCAUCCACCAAACCAAGCGCACAAUUUAAAAUACCGCCGAAAGUCGAGAUACCGGAGCGUCCCAGUCCCAAACUCCGUCUUCCAAAGUCAUUCGGUGCGCCAUCAGGAGACCAGGCCUCGCCCACAAAGAAGCCCAAGGAGAAGGGAAAAAUAAGGCGGGCGAAACCACCACGCAAGCCCUCUCGGGAGACGGGGGACAUGUCAUCUGCCUAUGACUUGGAAGACGAUGAGACACUGGAGCUUGGAGCGGCAGAUACCACGAUGCUCGGAUCAACAGAUUCGCUUCUUUCGAGCCUGGACUCUUCUACAUUCGAAACCUCGCGAGUUGUCCGCUGCCCAAUUUGCGAUGAGGAACUCGACGAAUUCUCCAAGGACGAGCUUAAAGCGAGGCGUACUAGGAUGACUCUUCAUCAAGAACAACAAUUCUGCCAGUCUCACAAAAAGCGCUCCGCCAAGAAGGAAUGGGAAGAUAGGGGGUAUCCGGAUAUCGACUGGACUGUGAUGGACAAGCGGAUAAGGAAGCAGAACGACUUCAUUCGUUUCAUUCUCAACGGCGGUAAAUCCUACUACGCGAAUGUCUUCAGCGACAGAAUCAAGUCAGGUCAGAACAAGACUCUAAUGAAAUCCGAUGCCAACCUGACUCCUGGUUACUAUGGCAUGCGCGGUCUGCGAGUUAUGUCGGAACACAUCGUCAACAAGUUCUCGGCAGAGCUACGGAAGAGAGCAGUACAAGAUCGUUUGGUCUCCGCGCGUGGCUACAUGGUCUACGUACAAUCCGUGUUGGUCCCAGAGUUGGCCGUGCGGCUGAUCAUGGAAGACAAGGAGAAAACUGAUGAGAAAUUGACAGCGGAACAGGCAAGGACUAUCAUGAAGGACAGCAUAUGGAUAGGAGAGCUUCUGAACGAAGAAGAUGCAGACCACGUCUUGUAUGAAGACGAAGAAGAGGACGAAAUCCAGGCUGAAGAGAUGGGACUCGGAGACGAAGACGAGACUCAUCUCGAGGAUGAGAGCAAGGUCAAGCACGAGGAUCAGGACAGUAUAAAGCACGGCUCUCACGAGGAAGAAAAGAUCAUGCCCAACGACCAUGAUGUCAUUGACAUCUCGGACAAUGAUAAGGUCAAGUCCGAUGAUCAAAAUGGCGCAAAUCAGGACGGCAACGACAUUAAGUCUAACGGCAAUGGUACCGGUUACAUCAUGUAUGAGGAUGACGACGAUUCUUCACUAUCUAGUGUGGAUCCGGAACUCUGCGAUAUUUAA